CCGGGCGCUGCUGUCCGCCGGUGCCCGGUUGGGUGCCGGACAUGAGAGCUCAUCCCGGCCUGGAGGCGGCGGCGGGCGGCAGCGAGAUGGCGGCUCCGUGCGCCGAGCGGGAGCGGCAGGAGCGGCUGCGGGAGGCGGCGGCGCUGGGGGACGCGGCCGAGGUGCAGCGGCUGGUGGAGCUGGGGGUCAGCCUCAACGCGCAGAACGAAGUCAACGGCUGGACUUGUUUGCACUGGGCAUGUAAACGGAACCAUGCUCCGGUAGUGGCUUACCUGCUGCACGCUGGUGCUGACAAGGAGAUCCUCACAAAGAAAGGAGAAAGGCCAGCCCAGUUAACAUCAAAGAGAGAGAUAAGGAAGAUGUUGGGAGUGGAAGAGGAUGAACUGCCAGACUUAAACAAAGAGUCAGAUCUUCCAAUCAUCCCUAAUUACCUGGCUAACCCACCUUUCCCUUACGUUUAUAACACCAUGAGUAACAGUAUUCCAGAUCCCUCCAUGAAUGGGAGUAUCUCACACUUAGAACCGCAAGAUACCGACUCUGCUUCCUUACCUGAUGUGGAGACUUACAGGCAUGCACCGCUACACCAUGGGAAUGCUGCUCCUGAGGUGGCUGAUACUGCAGGCACACCAUCACUGCCCCGAGGGUGUACUGUACCUCCACACACAACUCCUGUCAUUCAGAGAGGUCCAAUGUACCAGGGAUCUGUGUCUUGGAGCAGAAGUGGCCCUUCACUGGCUGGAUCGAAUCAAUCUGUGCCUCAGCAAGAGAAUGGCUCCUGUAUGGGGCCUGUGCCAGCAUUUCAGCCUGUUUUCUUCACUGGAGCUUUCCCACUUAAUAUGCAAGAACUGGUGCUGAAAGUUAGAAUACAAAACCCUAAUCUCAGAGAAAAUGACUUCAUUGAAAUUGAACUGGACAGACAAGAACUGACCUAUAAGGAACUGCUCCGAGUGAGUUGCCUUGAGCUGGGCGUUAACCCUGAGCAUGUACAGAAGAUCAGAAAAUUACCAAAUACAAUGUUAAGAAAGGACAAAGAUGUGGCAAGGCUACAGGAUUUCCAAGAACUGGAGCUUGUUCUAACAUGACUAGUACUUUGUGCAAAGGGAAGCAGCUUCAGCAGCAGAUGAGCACACAAGAGGGAGCUCUCUCCCAAUCUGCCCUGUAGUCGGAUGGCCAAUGUUCACCUGGAAACACAGAUCCGUGCAAACACUCCUGUGUACCAGUUAGCUAGACCAAAGCUCAGUCUCCUAAGGGUAAUAGUAAAACGUUUUGUCACAGCAGAAUAGCCUCUUCUGAAAGCUGUUGGAGGUCAAAUGUGCUCUGAGUCAUUGCAAUAGCUGGGGUUUAUAACAAAUUGCUUGUGGUACACUAACUGCUGGAAUAAUAAAAUCAUUGCUCCUCGUAUCACACUGUUGCAUUCUCCCUGGCACAAAACAGAUGCGGUUUACACAUCUGCUGUGAAUGCCAACUAAACCCAUGGAAGUACCAGGAUUAACUGGUCAGACCUACUAUAAGGAAACUCAGCUUCCUUGUUACACUGAUUAUCCUGCAGAUGCCAAUGUUAUCUAUGCAUUCCAAGGAAUAUUUUUAUACCUUAUGCAGUUUAUACACAGAACAUACUAUUAACACUGCUAACAAUCUGAUCAGUGUAUAAUCAUUACAUUACUGUGUAUGAUAAAUAAUUCAUUACUUUGUGCUCUGCUUUAUGAACUGUGAAUGGCAAAUGCUUGGCUGUAGAUUUUUGUUUCUAUUUAAGAAGUCUCAUUUGUAAGAAUUAAUAAAUGAUUAUUUUUGUCUUCUCAAA